AUGGCCCUUGUUGUCGGUAGCAGCUCUCAUAUACCAAUGAACCCACCACAACCUGUGCGCGAGAUCGACGUCGAUUUACAGCACACUGGUAAAGUGGCGUAUCACCGUCGUAGCAUACUUACUGCCAACGGCUUCAACGCAAAGGGCGCACCCAACAUUGAAACGGUAGCUACUCCAGUUCGACAGCUUAAUAUCGAUUUUCGCGGUUUUGUACGGUCACCGCUGGAUAUCCAUCCCGGAAGCACCAUGUGCCUGCAUGUUAAUGCAGAUUUAGAUGAUGCUCGCCGCUCCACCCCGGAUACUGGUACUGGAAAAUCACAUAUGCCACAAGAACAAUCCGGCACCUCGUUCCCUCGUGCUGAAGUGGAAGCAUUCAACAUAUUUUUGUCAAAUGAUUUACAAACGUCACGGCGAUAA